UGGCAUUGCUCCACGCUCACAACAACAGUGUGCCAUGCCGGAUUUAAAGCGAUAAAAUGAAUCCGAAACUGAGAGCUUACUGUCAAGCAGUAUGGUGCAUUUCGCAGCAGCAUUUAACCGUCUUGCUGGCGUUCUUCUCGAUCGUCAAUCAAUAUACUAUGCGAAUUUGCCUCAACCUCGCUAUAACCGAAAUGGCUACACCUUCCAAAAAACCGGAGUCUGAACCACACUUUGCAUGUAAACAAACCACACUUGAUAGAUUCCAAAGUUUGUACAAUGAAGAUCAACCGCACGAAACCUUCGACUGGGAUGAACACACUCAGGGCAUUAUUCUAUCGUCCUUUUUCUGGGGGUAUGUGGUGACUCACUUUGUCAGUGCAUUCAUUGCCGACAAGCACCCGAGGAUUUUACUCGGAUUCAGUGUGUUGAUAACGGCCAUCAUGACGCUGCUAACGCCGCUAGCUAUCGACAAUGGAGGGGCCCCACUUUUAAUAGUGGUUAGAGUGAUUGAAGGAAUAGGUGAAGGAGCAACAUUUCCGGUGCUGAGUGCCAUCGUUGGCCAUUGGAUUCCUCCCCAACAACUUGGAUUACUUGGUUCGUUUAUUUACAGCGGAGGUCAGAUCGGGUCUCUGGUGGGAGGCAUUGGAACUGGUUACAUAAUCUCAACGCUACGUAGUUGGCGAUUAGUAUUUUACGUGUGGGGAACGUUUGGUGUGAUUUGGUACGUCUUUUGGCUUAUGCUGGGGUUCGAAAGUCCAGAGAAUCAUCCGUUCAUAAAGGAUAACGAAAAGGAGAAACUGCUUGGAAAAUUUGCGGAUGCAAAGAAAGAAGUGAAUGUUGGCCCGAUUCCGUGGAAAAGAAUAUUAACUAGUGUUCCAAUUUGGGGAUUAAUUGCUGGACAGAUCGGUCACGAUUGGGGCUUCUAUUUGAUUGCCACAGAUCUCCCCAAGUACAUGAAAAGUGUCCUCGACGUGUCAGUAAAAGAUAACGGUUUAUUAAGUUACUUCCCAUUUUUUUGUAUGUGGAUUUUCUCGAUUUUGACCGGAUGGAUAUGUGACAUUCAGAUUCGUAAGAAAUGCGUUUCAACAACCACAGCGAGAAAAUUAUGGACAACCGUUGGGUCGUUAAUUCCUGCAAUUUGUUUGAUGGCCGCAUCUUACAGUGAAUGUAAUAAAAUUAUAGUUGUAAUUUGCUUUGCGCUUUGCGUUACUUUCAUGGGAGGAUUUUAUCCAGGAAUCAAAGUAAAUGCCAACGAUUUGAGUCCAAACUAUGCUGGAUUUCUAAUGGCAAUCGUCAAUGGAAUUGGUGCUAUAACAGGGAUAAUUGUUCCAUAUAUAGCUGGACUAUUUACACCCAACCAAACCAUAGAAGAAUGGCGCUUCGUAUUCUGGUUGUCGUUUUGGAUCCUCAACAUUACCAACAUCAUUUUUGUUCUCUUUGCUUCCGGAAAGAUACAACCUUGGAAUGAUCAGAAAUACGAAGCACAGCAAGAUUCUUAAUAGCAUAAAAUUACUCUGUGAUAAUGCCUUUCUAAACAAUUUUGAAAAUACCAAUAAAAUAUUUACUCCGUAUAAGUGCUGAAGACGAUUCAACCAUCGAAUGCUGGACGAAUUCGAAACGCCUGAAUUCUCUCCACCCCACGCUGACCGAACAGUACCGACCGGUGUUGCAUUCCGGGCCGGGGAUAAUCAGCUUAACGCAUAGCUGAAACUGAACAGAAACAAAACAAAACCACCGUGCCGAAUGGUGCUUACUGCGUUCCUGUUCAAUCGUUGUGUUUAAAUUUCACAUAAAGCACCGAUCGCUAUCACUUGAUUUCGCACAGUUCGUCGGGUAUUUAAAAUUUUCUUUGUGUGACAGAGCUGUGAACUGUGACAUUCCUUCCAUGGCCGUUCCGACAGUUCCUUCCAUUUCGCAUUCAUUGAAAAACUCAUCCGCUCUUAGUUACAUUUUCUCAGCAACCAUGUGACUGACUGGUGCUACCUGACGAACGCAACAUGACAUGACGACCGCUACCGGCUCGUGUCGUUGAUUUUGUUGUUAUGGAUGACUUUCAAACCCAGUUCCAGUUUCACGUUCCUUGCAUUCCACACACAACAGUCGAAAAUCCAACCUUUCCAGACGUGGAUCUCAAACAAAUGUGAAUGAAACGACGACAACUUCCUGUUGGAA